GUUCGCGCAACGAGCAUGCUGGCGGCAGCUUGUUUUUCGGAGAAUUAAUAGUCAUUUUGAUAGGCAAUUCCGGUUAAUUUACAGUGCAAAAUAGCUGACAACAUGUUUGAAAACCAAGCCAUUCACACCGAGCACAAGGAUGUCAUCCACGAUGUGGCCUACGAUUACUACGGGCAGCGGAUGGCCACUUGCUCCAGCGACCAAUACGUUAAGGUUUGGGAUCAAAACGAAAAUGGAAUAUGGAGUGUAACAGCCAGUUGGAAGGCUCACUCGGGAUCGGUAUGGCGCCUUUCUUGGGCACAUCCGGAAUUCGGGCAGGUCUUAGCUACGUGUUCUUUCGAUCGGACUGUGUCCGUUUGGGAGGAAACUGUCGGCGAGAAGAGUUCGCCUACGAUGUCUCCGGUGAAGAGAUGGGUUCGCCGGACGAAUUUGGUCGAUUCAAGAACCAGCAUCACGGAUGUGAAGUUUUCCCCCAAGUCGCAGGGACUGGUAUUGGCCACAUGUUCGGCCGAUGGUAUCAUCAGGAUUUAUGAAGCGCCCGAUAUAAUGAACAUGUCCCAGUGGACGCUUUCUCAUGAGAUUUCGGCAAAAAUACCGCUCAGUUGUCUGUCCUGGAAUCAGUCAAUGUUUCGUUUACAUGCCCCAAUGAUUGCGGCCGGAAGUGAUGAUUCUUCGCAAAGCUCUGGUGGCAAGGUUUUCAUUUUUGAGUAUAGCGAAAACUCUCGAAGGUGGGCUAAAACGGAAACGAUCAAUAGCAUCACCGAUCCAGUACACGAUAUUGCAUUUGCACCGAAUGUCGGACGUAGCUAUCACAUUCUGGCUGUGGCUAGCAAAGAUGUUCAAAUCUUCAAUCUUAAGCCUAAUUUGGAACCAUCAUCAAACUCUCGCUUGGACAUUCAACCAGUAGCACAGUUUGGCGACCAUUAUUGCACAGUUUGGCGCGUCACCUGGAACAUAACAGGAACUAUGCUAGCUUCAACCGGAGACGAUGGAUGCGUACGAAUGUGGAAAAUGAACUACUUAAAAAACUGGCGCUGUGCGGCCGUGCUGAAGGCGGAAAAUACACAACCGGUGCAGGAACAUUCCAACGCACCGUCGAUCAAUUUGUCCAGCAUCGUCAACGCCGCCACAGCCAAAUACUACAAACGAGGCACCAUCAGUCACCCGAAUCAGGUUCCCAGGCAUUGAGUUUAUAACUGUGUAAAAAACAAACUUACUAUCGUUAAAUGCUCAAAGGGAUGAAUAAAGUUUUGCUUCAAUUAAAA